UGGACAUCGAGUCGCUUCCACUUUACGCACACUAAAUCAUACCGAAAAUGUCUGGAAAUCUAGUACCUCUUACCGUCAUCAAGGGUGCAGGUCAUGAGUUUAUCCCACUUCCACAAGGCGACAACGCCACCAUAGCAGAUUUCCACACCAUCCGCACACAAACCACCGACUCACCCGCACAUCUGACAUCUGGGUUCUAUAAGAUCGAAGCUGGGCCCUCCAAACCCGCAUCUUACAACUUUGAAGAGACCAAGUAUGUUCUAAGCGGUCAAAUCGAUGUCUUGGAUGAAGCAACCGGGAUCACACAUCACCUUGUCGCUGGCGACUUCGCGUUCUUUCACGUAGGAUCCAAGGUUCAGUUUUCUACCAAGUCCAGCGGUAUGGCCUUCUAUGCUGUCACGAGGCCAGUUAGGGUGGCACAUCCAAAUCUGAAGGAAAGAGAAGAGAAGACAUCGAAGUUGUAAGAGCCAUUUGCCACAAUAGCGUACGAUCACCAGAGAAGGAAAAGGGAGCAAGUGAGAGCAUCAGGCUAUGCUAUUUUUGGAAGAAGAUGAAUUUGUCUAUUAUCAAAUGGCCUGCUGGUAACGCUGUAAAUGAGCGGUCCAGGCAGGAUCUUUACUUGAACAAUC